UGCUGCAACUUGUCGAUCAAUGAAAUUUUAGCCUUUUUUCCUUUCCUUCGCAUCUAGUGAAAUGGAAGGACUUUGAUCUCGUUCUUAGUGCUUUUGUUGGAGAUUCAUAAAGGUUAGGAAAAAAGUCAAAUUGAAUGGUUUGAUUGUCUCUGUAAACACUGUUGAUUUAUCUACUUGGAAUCAUGUCGACAUUUAUGCAUGCGGAGUCUAGGAGAUUGUAUUCAUGGUGGUGGGACAGCCAUAUUAGUCCAAAGAAUUCAAAAUGGCUUCAGGAGAACCUUACAGAUAUGGACUUGAAAGUAAAAGCUAUCAUCAAACUCAUAGAGGAAGAUGCAGACUCCUUUGCAAGGAGGGCCGAGAUGUACUACAAGAAACGACCCGAGCUUAUGAAAUUUGUGGAGGAUUUCUACCGAGCAUACCGUGCCUUGGCUGAAAGAUAUGAUCAUGCAACGGGGGCGCUCCACCAUGCUCAUCGAACGAUUUCUGAAGCUUUCCCCAAUCAUGUUUCCCUAGCAUUGCCUGAUGAAUCUCCCUCCGUUUCACCUGUCGCUGAGAUUGGGCAGUGCACUCCAGAAAUUCCUUCAUUUUUGGGUUCACCAUUUGAACCCAAUGAUCUGCAGAAGGAUGCAUCAGGCGAGCUGGGAUAUUUUCGUAUGGGUAAUAAGAAUAUAGUAUACAAUGAAGAAAAUGAAUCAUUUGCGACCAAAAAAGGACUGAAGCAGUUGAAUGAGAUGUUUGCUCCUCGGGAAAUGACAACCCGUGUAAAGUUACAUGAAGGGAAGGUGAGAAAAGGACUUAAGUUCCAACAGGAAGAGGACUUUGUUUCCCAGUCUAAAGUGAAUAGCUCCAAAAUGGUUUCUGAGGAAGAAGUAAAGGAGAGGGAGAGUGCCCGAAAUGAAAUCAAAAGUCUUCAGGAAGAAGUUUCUCAGCUCUCAAUUGAGAACCAAAAACUCAAGGCCCAAAUAGAGUCUGGAGCAACGGAUUUAGAUUCAUACAGAAGAGAAGUUCAAAACUUGAGAGAUGCAAUUACGAAAUUGCAGUCAGAAAAGGAAGCUGCUGUCUUGCGGGAUCAGCUAUCAUAUGAAAGAAUAUCUAGAAUGGAGACUGAAAUUCUUUGUGCAGAAUAUGAAUUUGGGAAGCUCCAUGAGGAAAUCAUGAUGGGAAUUUUUAAAUUUUGUGGGGCAGAAGAGCAAUGUUUUUCAUUGGAGAAGGCAAAUCAGAGUUUAAUGGUAGAAGUUAAACAAACUAACAAUAUAUUGGAAAAAAUUAGAGCGCUAUUAGUGGAGAAACAGUAUCUUUUGGAGCAAGCUGUUGAGGAGAAAGAUAAUGCUAAAGAUGAAAUAAAACGUUUUCAUGAACAGCUUUCUCUGGUAUCAAAUGAGAACCAGAGUCUCAAGUCCCAAAUACUGUCCAAAACCAAGAAUUUGCAAUUAUCCAUAGAUGAAAUUCAUAGCCUGAGAGAUGAAAUUUGUAAAUUAGAAUCUGAGAAGGAGGCUGCUAUACUGACGAACCAACUAUCCAAGAAAAUCACAUCUGGUUUGAAGGCUGAAAAAGUUCAAGCAAAAGAUGAAAUUGGAAAGCUUCAUGCAGAAAUUCUGAUGGGAUUUGUUAAGCUUUGUACUGCAGAAGAGCAAUAUCUUUCAUUGGGAAAGGCAUAUCAGAUACAAAAAUUAGAACUUGAAGAUAGGAAAAGGGUACUGGAAGAAAUCCAACUGUUAUCAGUUGAAAGCCAAAAUCUUUUGGAGCAAGAGGUUAAGGAGAAAGAGAUCAUUAAAGAUGAAAUAGAAUGUCUUCAAGGUGAAGUUUCACAGCUAUCCAUUGAGAACCAGAAAAUGAAGGGUCAGAUUUUAUCAAAAGCAGCUGAGGUUCAAAAUUUGAGGAAUGUGGUUUCCGUAUUAGAGCGCGAGAAGGAAGAUGCUGUUACGAAGAGACAGCUCUCCAUGGAGAGUAUAAGGCGCUUGGAGAAUGAAAUCUUAAGAGCAAAAGAGGAAAUCAGGAAACUCCACGAGGAAGUUUUGAUGGGCAUUGUUAAGUUGUGUAGUGCAGAAGAGCAACUUUUUGCAUUGGAGAAUGGAAGUCAGAAUCUAAAAUCAAAAAUUGAAGAAAGAAAAGCAAUGUUUGAAGACCUCAAAAUUUCUUUACAAGAGAGUGAAAAGCAGCGGAUGGAGGCUGAAAGAUCUCUUCAAUCCUGGAAGACGCUAUAUAACCUUUCUCAGGAGAAGGUUGAAAAUCUGAAUCUUGAAAUCCAAACUCAUUAUGAGAAACUGAAGGACAUUGAACACAGUAAAAUGAGCUUAGAGGAAGAAGCGCGCCAACUCAAAGCUGUAAAUUAUGAGCUCAAUGAACGCAUCCUUGCAUAUGACUUUGACCUUAAACUUCUGCAAGAUGAGACAGUUUCAUUGAAGGAAAUUAAUAGAAAACUUGAAGAUGAGAUUAAGUUCCAUUUACAGGACAACAAAAUUUGUCAGCAAGAACUUGAAUCUGUUAAGAUUAAUAGAGAUCAGUUGGAACUAAAACAUAAAGGCCUAAUGGAGCAAAUGGAAGUGGCCAGUUUAAAUAUGGAGUCCCUUGAAAUACUGAUCAAGGAACUGCAAUUUGGCUGUGUUGAACUUAAAGAAGGCUGCAGGAAGCUUGAGGAUGAAAAUCUUCUGCUUUUCAAUAAAUUGGAGGAUAUGGAGAUGAUUUCAGAGAGGAACACAGUUUUGGAAAGAACUUUAUCUGAUGCUAUGGAGAAGAUUAGAGUUCUAGAAGAUUCUUGCGAGUCUCUCAAUUCUAAAGAUGCUGCCCAUGUUGUAGAAAAGGCUGCUCUAUUCUCUCAGGUGAAGGUUAUUGCUGAGAAUAUGGAGAAGCUUUCAGAGAAGAAUACCCUCUUGGAGGACUAUUUAGUUGAUUCAAACACUGAAAUUGAAGUUUUACGAUUAAAAUUAAAAGAAUUUGAAGAAUCCAACCUGUUUCUCUCUGAUCAGAAUUCAGAUCUUCUUCUCCAAAAAAGUGGCCUAAUCUCUCAGGUGGAAGGCAUUCAUUAUAGUCUGACAGAUUUAGAAACAAAAUAUGCCAUGCUGUCUGUCAAGCACUUAAAUUUGGAGAAGGAGAAAGAAUUUUCAGUUACUCUAGUCACGGAGCUCAAAGAAGCUUUGGAUAUCAAAAAUAAAGAACAUGAGACUCUUGUUCAAUCAAGCAAGAUUUGUUUGCUUUCCCUUCAAAAUCAGAUCCACCUGCUGCAGGAGGUCGUACAUCAAGAAUUUUUGAGUUAUAUGAUCGAGUUUCUCGUCUUGCAGAGAUGUCUUUGCGACGUGAAAGAUUCCUACAGAACUGAAAAGCUGAAACACGAAUCCCUUAUCAAGUCAAGUGAGAUCCAACUGGCUGCUUUAGAAAGCCAAAUAAAUCUAAUGCAAGAAAAAGAAAAGAUUAGAGAUAAGGAAUUUGAGGAACACCAGUGGAAUUACAUGAAUUCCAACCUUGAAAUUUUCACCUUGCAGAGGUGCUUGUCUGAAGUGAAAGAGAACAAUUUCGUUCUUUUGCAUGAGUGUGAGAAGCGUAAUGAGGCUUCUAAACUCCUCAAGGAAGAAAACAAUCUGCUAGUGGAUCAGAAUGCAAGACUGAUGGAUGGGAUUGAUCUUAUACUUGCAUCACUUAAUGUUAACCAUAACUUAAUGAAUACAGAUGCAAGUACAGAUAUUUUUCUGCAUACCAUUUUGAUAGAGAUUGGUAAUCUGUUGGCUUGCAUUUCAGAUACUAAUGAUGAAAAUCAACUUCUUUAUACGGAAUUAACAAUUUACUCCACCUUUAUAAAACAAAAUGCGCUGGAAAAAGUUCUCAUUGGCAAGGAACUUGGAAGAAAGGAUGCUGAACUACUUGUUUUUCAGAGGGAUCAAGAUCAACUCUUUGAAAGAUGUGAACAACUUGGGGAAGAUGCGAAAGAAAAAGAAUGUAUGAGUUCGUUAUUAAAGGCUGAGCUGGAGUCUCUUUGUAGACGAUUGUCAGAUUUGUCAAAGGAUUUUUCUAUGUUGAGGGAUGAAAAGAGAGCUUUGGAAGAGGAAAACAAUAUGUUACUUCAGGAGGCUGUGGCAUUGGAGCACCUCUACUUGUUCUUUAGGAGUUCAAAUGCAGAAAAUCUGCAGUCUUUAAAGGUACUUGAUGAUGUAAUUGGUUCUCUUGGCAUGGUUAAAAAUGACCACGAGAAGCAGAUACGAGAAAGCGAAGAGAAGAUGAAAGUUGUGGAAAAUGAAAACAAACGGCUUAAGGAGGAUGAAUUUGUCAUGUUCGAAGAGUUAAGAAAUCGGACAACAAUGUUAGAAUUUGAUCUUUGCACAGCCAGACAUUUCUGUGAAGAACUAAUCCUUCGAGUUGAAAUUGGGGAGAAUCUGUUAAAGAAGAAAAGCAUGGAGCUCUUGAAAGCAUAUCACAAGCUUCAGAGCACACAAGUAGAGCUUACUAAAAUAUGCACAAAACUCGAUGCUGCAAAUAAUGAGGUGGAUGAAGCCAAAAUGAUGAGAUUGCAAUUUGAGGAAGAAAUUGCAGGUCUGUUGGAUACUCAUGCCUGUAAAGAUGUGGAGAUUAUUACUACUCAUGAAGAAAAUAGAAUGCUUAAUGAGGAAUUGAAUAGAUUGAAGGAUAAAUUUGAAGUGCUCGGGAUGAGGGAACAAUAUCUUUCUACUGAACUGCAGAAGAAAAUAUAUGAACUUGACAUUUGUGAGGAAGAAGUUACAAAUUUAUUGACUAGUAUGCAGGUUUCUGCAGUCAGUGGUGCAGUUCUUGAAGACCAGAUGUUUGAGAAGGCCCUUGCAUGUGAGGGACUUGAGAUUUGUGCUUUGGUACAAAGAGAGAUGCUCAGUGAGGGGAUUACACUGAGGAAUGUACAUGCAUUGAAGUUGCAGAAGAAGCUUGAUGAUCUUGAAAAAGAGAAUAGCAAGCUUAAAGACAUUUGGAAUUCAUGUUUACCUCUAUUUAUUUCUCUGGAGAAUGGUAUUGCUAAUGUGGAGAAUCAAGCACAUCAAUUAGCUAAUCUUCAUGAUGACCAGGAUGUUCAUUUGACUGAUCCUCAGGAGAAGAAGAACAUUGAAACAAGGAAAGAUGAUCUUGCAGGAGCCUUAGAGCUGCAGAAUUUAGUUUCUAAACUCAAAGAAAUUGAGAAACUAAUGCUACAUACCAAUAAUCAACUAAAACAGGAAAGGCUUCUAUUUUCUUCUAACAUGGAGUCUGCAAGAAGAGAAAUUGAAGAGUUGAAACUAGGGCUUUAUGAUAAACAGGUAAAGCAAUCUGUCGGGAAGGAUGGGCAGCUGAUGAAAGAUAUCGAGCUUGAUCGAGUUUCGCAUUCCGUUGUUCGGAGUAGAAUCCACAGCGCCGAAUCCGAAGACCAGAUGCUUAAAUUAUGGGAAACCGCUGAGAGAGGCUGCGCCAACUCAGUCUCUAAUGGCCAUGGCAUAGAAAGAGCGCAGGAAGCCAAGAGCGAAUCGCAUUCACCCGAAAUCGGUCCUGAGAAAGAGGUAGGUAUUGACAAAUUAGAGAUAUCUAAAGAGAUGAAAGAGACCCAAGAAGAUUGGAACAGAAGAAUUAUGGAAAGGCUUUCGACAAGUGCCGAUAAACUCUCCCUUCUCAAAAUAACUGCUCAGAAACUUAAGGCGACGGCGGAUGGAUCUGCUAAAGGAGAACGCCGGAUUUGUUCCGAACAUAAUGCGAUGCGGACUAGGCUGAAACAAGCCGAGGAAGUAAUCUCAUCGCUGGUUGAUGCCGACGACAAACUGAGGAAUAAGCUGAAGGAAGAGCACUCGAAACUGUCAAAUGGUGAGCAGAUGGAGUGGAUGGACAGAAGGCAAAUCUGGGAGCAGGUGCUGGUUGUUACGGAUCAGACUGAGAAGUUAGAGCUGGAGCUACAGGAGAUUCAUUGUUUCUUCCUCAAGCUUGAGGAAGAGGGCGAGAGCAGGAUGACCCAUGAGGGAGAUCGAACGCCGCAAGUACUGCUUAGGGAUUAUAUCAAAGGAUGGAGAGUCGGACAGGGAAGGAAGAGAGGACGCAUUUGUGGAUGUUUCAGGCCUAAGACUCAAGAUUGAACCUUUAUUGAUCUUCUUCAACCUUUAAUCAGGGAAUAGUUGAAGCUCUGAAACCAUGUAGAGGAAUUCGAAAGGAAUGAUUUUGGAGUUUAAUGGUGAAUGAAUAGCUACGGUCACUGAAUAAGAAGAGAGAGAGAGAGAGAGCGA